AUGGUCAGAAUGGUUAACAUUUGGCAUUUGCUGAUAGCAAUUAUAUUGAGUUGCAGCUAUGCUGUUACGGAAAAAACAAUAGAUACGAAGAAAAGAUUCGUCUUGCAAGACUCUACUUUACGUAAUUACGACCCGCACACAGAGAUCUCACUUUGCAAAUGUUUCAAUGACUGUCAUCUUGAUUCCUUCAAUUUGAAAACUACAAAUUUGACAAGAUAUAAUCAGAUCUGGAAUGCAACUGAUUGUUCAGGAGAAACAAGAUGCGGAUUAAGUGAUCCAUGCAAAAAUGGUGGGCAUUGUAUUGACAAAGACCAUGGUAAUUUCUACACAUGUAACUGUGAAAAGAACUUCACAGGCAUAGAUUGCAGCAUCAAAGCCGAUAGUAACGUUUGCCUUCAUAAUCCGUGUCUACACAAUGGAACAUGCAGUAAUACUCAAUCAAAUAAAGUGAAAUGUAACUGCCCACUUGGAUAUGAUGGCCAGUUCUGCGAGAAUGACAUAGACGAGUGCGACCAGUUCCAUCUUUGUCAAAAUGGUGCGACUUGUCAUAAUACCGAUGGUCACUUUCAAUGCAUUUGCCUUGCUGGUUGGAGCGGUACCCUUUGCGAGACUGAUGUGGAUGAAUGCUCAUCAAACACUUGCUUGAAUGGAGCCACGUGUAAUAACACACCAGGCGGUUAUAAUUGCACAUGUGGGUCAGGAUGGACUGAUGUAAACUGUGACACAGAUGUCAACGAGUGUAUGAAUAGCCCUUGUAUAAACAAUGGAACAUGUAAUAACCUUAAUGGAACCUACGACUGCGCCUGCCCCUCAGCAUGGACCGGCACUAAUUGUGAAACAGAUUUAGACGAGUGCCAAACCUUUAACUCAAAAGGGUUUUUAUGUUGGAACAACGCAACGUGCACAAAUUCGAUUGGUGGCUACACGUGUAAUUGUGCAAUUGGUUGGAAAGGACUAUUUUGCAAAAAAGAAAACCACGAUUGUGACAGUUCACCGUGUGGAAAUAAUGGAACUUGCUCUCUUACACCAUCUGGAUUUAAUUGCACAUGCCCAGAAGGAUGGGAGGGACAAGCAUGUGCUCACGGUGAAAAAAACCAAAACGUUUUAACAUAAUGUGUUUAUGAUGUGUUACGGGAAUGUUUUAAAGAAAUCGUUAUUUAAAUAACUAUUCAUAUAACGAUUCUUUAUGUUAUGAUAUAUUUUUCCUUUUUUUCUCUUUCAUUUUAUCAAAGGUUUUACAAAUGAUAUGAUAUAUUUAGACACAGUACAUAAAAAAUCGAUACUUUUCAAAAGUUAAACGUACUGUCGUUAUUGUGACUCAUAUUUCGGACUCAUGCCAGCAUUAAAAGAACACCCCUGAGUUUUUUUGACACGAUGGGAUUAAACAUUAUUUCAAGAUAAAUGUUCCAUUUUGAUAUAAGAUUAGACCAACAUUAUCUUUAUGUUUCUGGACUUUUGAACCUCAGUGGAGUUCGUUUAUUCGUUUAAUUACCUUUGAUACUUUAGAAAAAAAAACACGAAUUAUGCACGCGAGCGUUAUUUCAACUGUUGCCACUAUAUUACAUUAAAAGUCGUGCUAUUGUUACAACAACAACAACAACAACA